AUGCAAAAACUGUCGGAAGAUAUGGACCUACGCACACCUCCUCCUUUGUGCGCCUGCGAGAGCUGUCUCGACGGUCGAAUGACUAAGGGAGCACAUAAAGGACACAUCAAUCCAAGACGGUAUCCCGACGAGCUUAUUCAUAUGGAUACUGUUAGACCCCUUCGCAAAAGUUCUAAGUUCGAUGCGAAAUGGUGGCCGGAACUGCUCCGCAUUGCCGUCUAUCUUUACCUUCGUCGCCCUUAUAGCUCUAUUAGCAUGACUCCUUUUGAGGCUACGAACUUGUGCAAACCGUUCGUUUCGCACUUACGCAUCAUCGGCUCUAAAGCCUGGUUUCUCGAAGGCAAAAUUGAAAAGACAAAACCGUAUACUAAACGGGUCUCCCACGGAAGGCUGAUUGGAUACGAAGGUGAUCACAUUUAUCGUAUUUUAACGACCGACGGUCUUAUCAAAAAGGCACAUAGCGCGCAUAUAAUUAAGCAGCUUCCAGCUUCUGCCACUGUCGAACAAACAGAUUCUAUAAAAGGAUCACUUACCCUUCCGCACCCUGACUCCGCUUCCCACCCUUCUGAUUCCUACCCUUCAACGCCUUUAAAGCGCAAGACCGAAGGAUCACCUAAAACAAGGCCAAAAUACCCACGCCUCUCGCCUACCGCUAAGAACGACGACUAUUCGGCUCGAGGGCCUACCGCCCAAGAUCUCCGACCCCCACCUCCUCAAGAGAACCCUCGUGUCCUCGAUACUCCUGAUCGCCCUCUUUAUCCUUCGACUCCUCCUCCUUUCUCUUCGUCCUCCGAGAGUACGUUCGAUUCUACUCCUCGAACUCCUUCUCCUUCGCCAACUCUUUCUGAACUUCAUCCUAAGCUCUACCGGGACCCUGACUCACCUGACCCAAUCGCUCUUAUAGCACUCUUAGCAAAGCAGACCUUAGAACCGAGGAAGAAACUCAAGGUCAAGCACGCCGAAGAUAAAAACAGUUCUCAUAUUCAAGCCCUACUCGGUCUUAUAGCAAAAAUCACCCUCUCCGAGGCCAACUCCCCUGAACCCUUCGAACCGAAGACUUACAAACAAGCUAUGGCCGAUGAGAUCGAUCAGAUGGACGUUAAGACCGCGUUCUUAUAUAGGAAGGUUGCCGAAUCCGUCUACGUAAAGCAACCUACCGGGCUCGAGGACGGGACUAAAAGGGUUUGCAAACUAAACCGCGCACUCUACGGACUUAAACAAGCCCCUCGCGUCUGGUAUAAUACCUUGUCCGAGUUCCUUAUCGAAAUAGGAUUUAAACCCCUCGGCACCGACGCAAGCGUUUUCCAUAAAGAAAGAGUCAUUAUCGCCAUUUACGUCGAUGACCUACUUAUCUCCGGCCGUGAUCGCGCCGAAGUCAAUAGACUUAAGGCUGCCUUGUCUAAACGUUUUCAGAUGACUGAUCUCGGACCAAUAGCCUAUUACUUGGGCAUGACAGUCACUCGAGAUCGCGCCAAUCGAACGCUUAGUCUCGGACAACGGGCUUAUGUCGAGAAGAUCAUUCAAGACUUCGGGAUAGAAGAUUGCAAUACUUACGGUACACCGAUAGAGGUUUCCUCUAAAGUCUUAGUCCCACCUCCACCAAAGUAUCAAGCCCCUCCCGAGCUUCGUCACGAAUACCAGCGACUCAUCGGUUCGCUCAUGUACGCUAUGCUAGGUUCUAGGCCCGACAUUGCCUUCUCAGUCUCUAUGGUUAAUCGUUUUGCUUCAAAUCCAACCAUAGAACACAUGAAAGCAGCGAAACGCAUCGUUCGCUACUUAAAAGAAACCACUCGCUACGAACUCGUUUACCGAAGAGACUUAAGCGACUUGACCGGCUUCUCCGACGCGGAUUGGAGUAGUUGUCAAUCAACACGCAAAUCUACAAGAGGCUUUGUUUUUAACGUCGGAAGCGGAGCAAUCAGCUGGUCUUCGAAACGGCAACCUACCGUUGCCUUAUCCUCGUGCGAAUCCGAACUGAUGGCCGAGACGGAAGCCGCUAAAGAAGCAAUUUGGCUCCAGCGCUUCUUGGUCGAAAUACUUUCGCAAGAAAAAACGGUUCCAGUCUUGAUCCAUUGCGAUAACCAAGGAGCGAUCGCACUAGCUAAGAACACUCAAUUUCACUAUCGAACCAAGCAUAUCCACCUUCGUCAUAUGUUUAUCCAAGAAGCCGUCGCUACUGCAGAUCAAGUCGCCGACGGUCUAACUAAGCCAUUAGCCAAGCGACAGUUUGAAGAAUUCAAAGAAGCGAUUGGAAUGCUGAAAGUUUAA